AAUACCUAUGUAUACUUUAGGAACGCGUUUAUGUUUGACGUGAAGUCGUGUAGAGAAGAAAUAAUCUCGCAAGUCAACUAAAUUUCAAUAACCAUGGCGGACGAGGAGCUUCCAGCGGGCUGGGAAAAACGUCUCAGUAGAUCUACUGGUCAACAUUAUUAUUUAAAUAUUUAUACUAAACAAAGUCAAUGGGAUAGACCAGACAAACCAGCAGAUCCUUCUGGUAAUGGUAAUGGGGAUGGUUCAGAGGAAGUCCAGUGUUCACAUCUUUUGGUAAAACAUUCAGGGUCUAGACGGCCAUCUUCUUGGCGAGAAGAAAAUAUAACAAGGUCAAAGGAGGAAGCUUUAGAAUUAAUAAAGUCUUACAGAGAACAAAUUGCGUCUGGAAAAGCAACAUUUGCUGAACUCGCUUCAAAGUAUAGUGAUUGCAGUUCAGCUAAACGAGGAGGGGAUUUGGGACCAUUUAGUAGAGUGAUUACGCCGAGCACGGAAUCAUCAUUUUAGCAACGCUUCGAUGAGAAAGUCAUAUAAGUUCAAGAACUUUUUUUAUUGAUCCAGGGAAACUAUUUUUCAUUAGGUCAUGCAUUAACAAACUGUAACAAUUAAGACGCUUUUUAAAUUUUAUAUAGUCAUCAGUUCGUAUACCUAAGUUUCGCAUGUACGAUAUGUUGGACGCAAGUCUCUUUUGUGACCUUGUAAAAACCAUUGUAAAGGGUCAUUAGCGAUCAGCCGUUGCGCAAGUUCCAGUUUUUCAUUUGGUCGACCCUGGCGUUUAGUUUCCAUAAAUUGGUCACGAUAUCUAAACUCGAUCAAUUUCGAGACACGCGAUAGUUGAAACAAUUUGAUGAGCGACGAUUUUGUUCCUCGAUUAUGAUGAAGAUAACGAUGGUCCACGCUUCAUUUAUUUUAGUUUUCUAACGAAAUUCUUGGAAAAUAAUUUCAUUUUUCUCUCACUAACACUUAUUAAGGAAUUAACAAAUUAACAUCAAUGCUUUAUGGUUUUCAUUUCACGAAGCCUGUGACGCAGCGACCGUGUGAAACGAACACCAUUUAUUCAUGAUAGUUGAAUUAAAAGGAGGAAAUGCGUCAAGUUUUCUCAACGAGUUAGCUUUCAUUCGGUUCUUUUUAAUUAUCGUUCUCUUUACGAUGAUGUACAAACAAACUUUUCGUCGCACGCUUCGUAAUUUUAAUUUCUUGUGAAAAAAUGUAACUUUUAGAUAAGAUAAGAGUGUUUUGCCAGGGUCGUGCCUUACAUUACAAUUUAAAAAAAAAAUGUUCUACAAAUUAUUCAUGUGCUUUUUACAGACGUUUUGCUCACGUAUACAUAGAAGUAAGUCUUUCACGUAAUGCAACACGAAUUUGUAUUAUAAAAGUUUGCUCAUAUAGCAAACCAAGGUCGCAUUUUACACAGAUUUAAUUCAACGUUGUAAAUCAGGGAAGGCUAUUUCUAUUAGCGAUGAACGAUUAGGGAUUAUUAGCAAGUAAAGAUCUAAAUGAAAAGAUAUACGUAUAUGAAGCGUGAAAAAUUAUUGAAUCAAUAGAAUAUUUUUAUCAAUUAUUGAUAACUCAUAUUGAAAUGUAUUGUUGAAUUUUGUUGACUAUGUAACAUUUCGUGGAAUUCUAUCUUGACUCGUUGAUGCCUGUUCAUGUAGAUCAGAGUACUGAAGAAAGCAAAGUAUCUACGUCAAUGCAUAA